AUGUUUCGAACAUUCUCCUCCGCACUCUUCCCCCUCCUGCUCUUCACCAACCCUUCCGGUGUUACGGCUUUGACAGUUGCUGCCUUGUCCCAAAACAUCGAAGCCACCCCCCUGGUUGUAACUUUGGAGGAUUAUUACAAUUCUACCUCUUAUACACAUAUCAACGGCCUCCCCGUCCUCGGGACCAAUCCCGACAUCGACCUCUACGCAGGCUCCGAGGUGCACGUCCUGCACGACGCGCCGCAGCACCCAGAGCUGCGCAUCCUCGCCACGGUAGUCGAGUUCUCCUACCGCAUCGUAGCCGACAAGCGCAAGGGCAUCCUGGAGCCCUCAGACCUCCGGGGCAAGCGCAUCGGCGUCGUCGGCAACGUGACGUCCGAGUACUUCGCCUACCGGUACCUGCGCGACGUGGUCGGGCUUGACGAGUCCGAGUACACGCUCGUAAAAAGGGGCAUUCUUUGCUACGCGCUGCCCUGCGGUAAUGGGACGUACCCGCAGAUGUUGGUGACGGGCGAGAUCGACGCCCUUACUGCCUUCGAGCCGACAACUACGGUGGGCGGUAUGGCCCUCGGCGAGGAGAACGCCGUCUUCUUCCGCAACGAUACGCUGUACCGCAAGAUCAACGUCUUGUACACAACGCAGGCUAAGCUGGAUAACGCGACGAGCCGGGUUGAGAUUGUCGGGUUCCUGCGGGCGCUGGGUAAGACACAGGAGGUUUUCACCAACGAGCCCGAGAAGAUCUGGCCGAGGGUGGCGAAUAUCACGGCAACGGGCAACACGGAGAACACCGCAACGGAGGAGAUAAUGAGGGAAUUUUGGCCGCUCACGAAAUGGGAUCGCGAGCUCGCGGCGGACCUGGUUGAUUUGAUGGUAGAGGAGGACAAGUGGGUGGCAAUGGGUGAGAGACAGGGAAGGGACCCAAUGGGCAGAGAGAGGAUCCAAAGUCUUAUCGAUAACGCACCGCUUGAGGAAGCUCUUACUUGCGAGGGAUAG